UGGGCUUGUGGCGCGCUGCUCCCUCCUCCUUACCCCCCCCUCCCUGUCCGGUCCGGGUUCGCUUGCCUCGUCAGCGUCCGCGUUUUUCCCGGCCCCCCCCAACCCCCCCGGACAGGACCCCCUUGAGCUCGUCCCUCAGCUGCCACCAUGAGCGACCAAGAUCACUCCAUGGAUGAAAUGACAGCCGUGGUGAAGAUUGAGAAAGGAGUUGGUGGCAAUAAUGGGGGCAAUGGCAAUGGCAAUGGUAAUGGUGGUGGUGCCUUUUCUCAGGCUCGAAGCAGCAGCACAGGCAGUACCAGCAGCAGUGGAGGAGGAGGAGGAGGAGGACAGGAAUCCCAGCCAUCCCCUUUGGCUCUGUUGGCAGCCACUUGCAGCAGAAUUGAAUCACCCAAUGAAAACAGCAACAACUCCCAGGGCCCAAGCCAGUCAGGGGGCACCAGUGAGCUUGACCUCACAGCCACACAACUCUCACAGGGUGCCAACGGCUGGCAGAUCAUCUCUUCCUCCUCUGGGGCUACUCCUACCUCAAAGGAACAGAGUGGCAGCAGUACCAAUGGCAGCAAUGGCAGUGAGUCUUCCAAGAAUCGUACCGUCUCUGGUGGGCAGUAUGUUGUGGCUGCCACCUCCAACUUACAGAACCAGCAAGUCCUGACAGGAUUACCUGGUGUGAUGCCUAAUAUUCAGUAUCAAGUAAUCCCACAGUUCCAGACCGUUGAUGGGCAACAGCUGCAAUUUGCUACCACUGGGGCCCAAGUGCAGCAGGACGGUUCUGGUCAAAUACAGAUUAUACCAGGUGCAAACCAACAGAUCAUCACAAAUCGAGGAAGUGGAGGCAACAUCAUUGCUGCUAUGCCAAAUCUACUCCAGCAGGCUGUCCCCCUCCAAGGCCUGGCUAAUAACGUCCUCUCGGGACAGACUCAGUAUGUGACCAAUGUGCCGGUGGCCCUGAAUGGGAAUAUCACCUUGCUACCUGUUAACAGCGUUUCUGCAGCUACUUUGACUCCUAGCUCUCAGGCAGUCACGAUCAGCAGCUCUGGGUCCCAGGAGAGUGGCUCACAGCCCGUCACCUCAGGGACUGCCAUUAGUUCUGCCAGUUUGGUAUCAUCACAAGCCAGUUCCAGCUCCUUUUUCACCAAUGCCAAUAGCUAUUCAACAACUACUACCACCAGCAACAUGGGAAUUAUGAACUUUACCACCAGCGGAUCAGCAGGGACCAACUCUCAAGGACAGACAUCCCAGAGGGUUAGUGGGCUACAGGGAUCUGAUACUCUGAAUAUCCAGCAGAACCAGACAUCUGGAGGUUCACUGCAAACAAGUCAGCAAAAAGAGGGAGAACAAAACCAACAGUCCCAGCAACAACAAAUUCUUAUCCAGCCUCAAUUAGUUCAAGGGGGACAGACCCUCCAGGCUCUUCAAGCAGCACCAUUGUCAGGGCAGACCUUUACAACUCAAGCUAUCUCCCAGGAAACCCUCCAGAACCUUCAGCUUCAGGCUGUUCCAAACUCUGGUCCCAUCAUCAUCCGGACACCAACAGUGGGGCCCAAUGGACAGGUCAGUUGGCAGACUCUUCAGCUGCAGAACCUCCAAGUUCAAAACCCACAGGCCCAGACAAUCACCUUGGCCCCAAUGCAGGGUGUUUCCCUGGGGCAGACCAGCAGCAGCAAUACCACCCUUACACCCAUAGCCUCAGCUGCCUCUAUCCCUGCGGGCACGGUCACUGUGAAUGCCGCUCAACUAUCCUCCAUGCCUGGUCUCCAGACUAUUAACCUCAGUGCUUUGGGUGCUUCAGGAAUCCAGGUGCACCAGCUUCCAAGCCUGCCCUUGACUAUUGCAAAUGCCCCAGGUGAUCAUGGAGCUCAGCUUGGCCUCCAUGGGGCUGGUGGUGAUGGAAUACAUGAUGAUACAGCAGGAGGAGAGGAAGGAGAGAAUAGCCCAGAUCCCCAACCACAAGCUGGUCGGAGGACCCGGCGGGAAGCAUGCACCUGCCCCUACUGUAAAGACAGUGAAGGAAGGGCCUCUGGGGAUCCUGGCAAAAAGAAACAGCACAUUUGCCACAUUCAAGGCUGUGGCAAAGUAUAUGGCAAGACCUCGCACCUACGGGCACACUUGCGCUGGCACACUGGCGAGAGACCAUUUAUGUGUACCUGGUCAUACUGUGGGAAACGCUUCACGCGUUCGGAUGAGCUGCAGAGGCACAAACGCACACACACAGGUGAGAAGAAAUUUGCCUGCCCUGAGUGUCCCAAGCGCUUCAUGAGGAGUGACCACCUGUCAAAGCAUAUCAAGACCCAUCAGAAUAAGAAGGGAGGCACAGGCGUAGCCCUGAGUGUGGGCACUUUGCCCCUGGACAGUGGGGCUGGUUCAGAAGGCAGUGGUGCUGCCACUUCUUCAGCCCUUAUUACCACCAAUAUGGUAGCUAUGGAGGCCAUCUGUCCAGAGGGUAUUGCUCGUCUUGCCAACAGUGGCAUCAAUGUCAUGCAGGUGGCAGAUCUUCAGUCCAUUAAUAUCAGUGGCAAUGGCUUCUGAGAUCAGGCACCCAGGGCCAGAGACAUAUGGGCUAUACCCAUUAACCCUGGGAUGCAAGGUAGCAUGGGUCCAAGAGACAUGUGGGAGAGAGAGCCAUGAGGCAUUAAAAUGCAUGGUGGUGGGAAGAAUUGGGGAAGGGGAUACAAGAGAAGAGAUGGGGUCCUGGCACUCACCUAUAUCAUCAGUACCUCCUUGAAGUGGGAAACAGUGAAAAUUCCGUGGGUGCCACCCUUUGAUGAGCAUUUGUUUGACCCCAGUUUCUUAUAUUUCUUACCCCAACCUCCCUGUCCUGUGUUUCCCUUCUCAACUCCCUCAUGAUGGAUUUCCCCCUUUCCUAAAGCCAUCAUGCCUUGAUAAAUAUAUAUGAUCAUUGAAAUACUUUUUAACAAAAAAACAGAUUCUAUAUUAUAUAUAUAAAUAUAUAUAAAAGAUAUAUAGAGAUGCAUUUGCAGGGGUUGGCUGGGAGGAGCAAAGAGACCAUUCUGUGACCAAAAUACCUUGGUCAUUUUUUUUUUUUAUAUUGCCUUAUUUCCUUAUGGCUAAGCCUUGUGACACAUUAAGCUUUUAUAGAUGUUGUCUUGGCUUUCCACGUAGAUUAAGCAUCCAUAUGCUCUGCUUUUAGUUUAUAUAUACAUAAUGUUUUUCCUUAAUUUUGUCUUUUUAUUUGGGAUCAGCUUCUUGCACUCCUUUCUAGGCUCAGUCCUUUCUGUCUCCCUUUCUCUCACCUGAUCAUUUCAUGUUUUUGGUAGUAAUUCCUGGAUGAGGCACUUCUGUGAAUCUUUUAAAGACAUUAGUCCCAGCAGCAGAAUAGAGAAACCUUGAAGCCCAGGAUGAUGCUUGAAGUAACCGUGGAGAGAGAGUGUUCAAAAUACUACUGACGCAGGUACCCUCUUGGUGCUGAAGAGUCAAAGGCACCUCUCUAUCAGCUGCUCUAAGCAUCAAGAAUCAAAAGUAUUUCUAUGUAAUUGUACAAGAGACCCUUUGAGGGUUAUAAUUUGGAAUUAGUUUGUAUAAACUAUCAAAAGAUGGUCAGAUAAUAGGUGGGGGCUUUUAAUAGGAAAAUGAUGUGCUCAGAAGUGGAAGUGACUCAUAAUAGUCCAGUUCAGAAGUUAGGGGAGUAUUUGGACUUUGUACAGCUGUCUUCCAAGGUGGCUAAGCUUUGAUUUCACAUAAACUUCUGAGUUCACAUUCUGAAAGGAAGUACAUUUUCUCUUUUGAACAUCCCCAGUAGAUUUUUUUUCAUUAUGUUUUCAAGGAGCAUCAGGCAAUGAAUCUGUUCCAGGUUUCCAUUCUGCAGAACUCCAGAGCAUGUACUAGUGGCAAGGCAGUAGUCCUUUGAUCUUUUCCCUUAACUCUUCCUUGGGUGGUUCUAAGGGAAAAGGAAGCACAUGAUCAUGGGAAUGAUAGCCCAGAACAAAAAUAAAUCUUGUCUUACCACUGUGGUUUAUAUUGUAGGAGAGAUUGGGAGAAACUAUCCUGCUUUCUUCAUGGCCUGAUUCCUGAAGAGACUGAUCCAAAAAUUAUAGCGGCAGGGAACUCAGUGCAUUUGGUACUGAGAUUUAAAUGCAACCAGAGUUGUCCUCAAGGCCCAGCCAUUAAAACAUCGUCUCUCUUGACCUUCUGGUAUCUUGUCAGAGGGCUUUUCACUGUGAGGAAGUGUGGAAAUGGCUGUGUGUAUGUGUGUAAUCUAUUAGGUUGGGGAUAGGUUUUCUGUUAGCCAUUACUAAGAGACCUGCAAUAAAAAUUACCCUGAUCUGAUAGUGAAAUGUUUGUGUAUGACCAUGUGUGAAUGUGUGUUUGUGCCUGUAUAUAUCUACACACAGAUGAGAAAUUAUAUUUAAAAUUGUUGGAAAAUAAAUCAAAUUCAGAUCAAAAUGCCUUUCAGGCCCAUUACCUAGAAAUCUAUUUUAAAACCUGGGUAUGUUCCUGAGGUCAUUUCUUUGCUUAUGCUAAUAAAUUAGUUACAAUUAUGAAUGGGGGAUAUUCUACUGCACUUUUAAAAAAAGAAGAAACUAUUUUUUGUGUUUGAAAGAGAAACCAUCUAUAGCAGAAUCUUAGUUCCUUUCAUAAAUAUUUUUACCUUGACUACAAAUAGAUGAUGCUAUGAUUUCACUAUAUAUUUUUAUAAAAUCUAUCUGAAUUAGGGUUUGGGUAAGUUGGUGUUAAUGUUUAACCUGAAAUACAAUAACUGUUAAUAUUCUAAACAAUAGUUCACUCCAUUUGGUUCUUUUUCUGAAGACUUAAUGCUGUUUUUAACACUCAGGAACCAUUGCAAGGAACUUGCCCCAGAUCAGAUUUUGUUAAUACUAAAGUAAAAGUUAUCCAUGGCCAACCACAUGUCUUACCCUUUAUUCCUUGAAAGGUAGACCUCAGAACCUGUUAUUUGAUGUCUAUAAUCAUGUACAUAGGCAUCUUUUGGAGGAAAGGGGCAGGACAGCUCACUGGAGUUUGCAGUAUUUUAUUAGAGCAUUUCAAGAAAUGGAAUCUUCCCCAGUAAGAAAUUACUAGAGACAAACUAGCCUAAUGAAGCUGAGAAAUAUAAGCUUUUAGAACAUUAUUUUAAUAGUUCUCUCGGGGGAAGAACAUUGGUUUACCCUCCCCCCUUUAGUUAGCAUUACUGAGUGAAUUUACACCCAGUUCUUUCCCGGUGCCCUAGUCUCACCAAGGAGCUCCAGAUCCAGUAUCUUGUUUGGCCCAACUGAAGCAGCUUUUGCUUUUGUCUCACAGCAGCAGCGAGCCACUCAGUCUUUUCCACAGGAAACUAGGAGCCUACAUUCCUUGAGUCAGGAGCUUAUUGCUGAAAAUCCCUUCCCCUGAACUUUUGGCGAGCAGAAAUAAAUGUGACUGACAGGCAUAUUCUAAAAAUUUUACAUGAGUUCCUUUUUUAUUUAACUUUUUUAAAUGACCAAACUGUGCAGCGCAGGGCAUGCCCGAAGGAGAGGUAGCGUGGUAGCACUCAUUCCCUUGUCCUUUCAGGUUGCCCAUUCACUUUGAUCUGCUUAUCAUUUGACUGUCUCACUUGUUACCCAGAGCAGUACCAACCCAUCUUCAGGGAUCUCCCAGCAGGCACCAUGUUUGUAGGUGCUAUACAGAAUGAAAUUAAAUGGUUAUUUCUAUGCCUGGUUCAGAAUAAAUAGAACCUUUUAUCCCAGAAAGUAUAGACUGCAGUGUGGGGUAAAGAUUAUGAUUUGGGGAGGGUUAGAGACAAAAGCUGUAAAUUACUAUGGCUGAUUGAUUUAUUUCUACUAUAUACAUAUAUAUAUAUUUUUUGCUUUUGUAUAUCCUAUAUAGGAAACAGCUUUGUAUUUUUUUAACAAAUCUGAGAAAGCACUAUGAACUGCAGAUGUUUGACUUUCAGAAUAUAUUUUGUAUUAAUAUCUUCACAUUGUGUGAAUACUGGAAGCUGCAGAUCUUUGCUAGGACGCAAUAAAUUUAUAUACAUUUUGAGGGGUUCUUCUGAGGGUAUUAAUCAAGCCCCUAUUAUGCUUUGGGGGAGCCCUGGUGCUACUUGCUUAAAGUUUUUAUUCAAUUGUAAGUACCCUGAUGCCUUUUGGACCUUGGUAUCAGAUCAAACGAGUUUUGGAGAUCUAGGUACCAAGGAAAUGAGGAUAGUCUAGCUGCCUCAAAUGAGGUGCCCUUUGCAUAGCUCUCCUUACCCCUGUGCAGAGCUGGGUAGGUUCUUGGAGUUGGGAGGGAGAAAUGUGAAAUCUUAGGUUCAUCUCCCUUAGAAGAGAGCCAGUAACUUAUGUUCAAGGAUGAAAGGUGGUAGCAGUAGCUUUGGGGAAAGGGAGGAGGACAUGGCACUUCUCCAACCCUGGGAAACUGCUUUUGAAAACUGCUGAUAAAAUAUGGGCAGGUUGCUUUACUUUUGUUUGGGAGCCUGUGCUCUCUGUGCCUCUCUUGGCUCUCCUCCUGGGGUACAGACCUCUUCUAGGAGGAUGAGCAGAUCAGCUUUGAGGUUGACCUGUUUCUUUUCUUUGUCUGCCUUCCCUAAACACCAGCCCCCAGGAGGACAUAAAGCAGCCUUAAGCUUAAAGUCCUACUCCCUCUCAGAUUUGGCUCGCUAGCCUAGAUGUGAAGGCUGGGAAAGGGGGGGGGGAAGGACCAUCCCUGGAUUCGUUCCUCCCCGAGGUGUUCUCCACUUUGACUUUCCAAACUCAAAAAGGUUUCCUCCACAAAGUUCGUUUGAGAGAAAUAAGUAUUUGUCCCAUUUCCCCCUUUCCUCAUCAACUCCAGCCUUUCCUUGUGUCUGCUACGGGAGAAAAGGCAUGGUGAUUGUCCCUCAACUCCUUCAGUUAUCAGG